UGUUCGUGGAAAAUGCAAGGUUGAACAGAAAUAUUUAACUAGGGCUUGCUGAACCUAAAGAACUAAAAAUGUAAGACAGUAUUCAAAUAAACAAAAAUGUGAGAAGACAAAGUAAAAAUAACCAACCAGCCCUUUUUCAUCUUUCCGUCCAUCUUAAAGAAAGAUAUUUAUAAUGCCAGCUACCGAACGUAAGACUAAAUCAUCCGACCAGACUGGCAAACCAAUUAAGCGAUCUGAUUCCGUUAAAGAGCUAAAGGAAUUAGAUCGUUUGUUGAAGUUAUUAACAACUACUCCUAGUAGACAACAGCUUCCAGCUAUAGUUCAUGGUAACGGUGCCACAACACAACAGGAUGAAGGUCAGGGUAUUCGUUCUAGAUCAGAAUCAGACCAGCAGACAUCACAAGCUGUAGCACUCCAUAAAUUCAGUCUACGAUAUCAGAAUGAAAGAAAUUUUUCAAAUCACAAACAUCUUGAGAUAUUACAACGUAUAUUCACAGCUUUAACUAAACAUAAAUUAUGCUGCAGUGAUUGGUUGAACAGUGCUCCACAGGAAACUGUAUUACGGGUAUUAAUAUGUUUACGUAUAAUGAUGAGAGAUUGUUCCUUCCAAACAAUAUUUUUCGAACUGGAUGGAGUGAAAUACUUGUCAGAUUAUUUUCAGCGAGUAACAGAAGUAUAUUUAACUGAUGGUGUCGGUCAAUAUGUUAUAGAUAUACUUAAAGAAAUGACAAAUAUCUUUCAGAAGUUAUCAGUAGUUGUAGAACAAAGAGAAUGUUUAGUCCAAUCAAAGGCUCAUGUGGCAUUAGUACAGUUAUUAUCAGCCAAUGAACUAUUAGUAUUACAUUGUGCUCUUCAUGCAUUAAUAGGAUUAGCACAAAGUCCUAAACCAAGAUAUUUAAUUGGUGAAUUAAACUCGGUGGAGUUUUUAUUAAGAAUUAUACAACAAUAUGACACAGUUUCUAAAAAAUUAGCAUCAAAUUUACUGUGUUUAUUGUGUCGAGAUCAGGCCAGUGCUGAAAAAAUUCGAGAUUAUGAUGGAAUACCAGUAUUACUUAGUCAAUUAAACAGUGAAAAUUUGAAUCUAUUAUGGCACAUAGUUUGGUGUUUAGCUCAAUUGUGUGAAGAUUCUAAAACAAGUACAGAAAUACGACUAUGUGGGGGAAUCCCCUUAUUGCUGUCUCUAUUACAUGAUCGUAAGUUUGUACCAGAGAAGAAUGAUAAUAAUGGAGGUGUAGCUAGUGCUGGUAUUCAUGGUAGAACACCACAUGUUGUCGAUGAUCAAGAAGAACUACCUUAUUCUUUAAAAUCAGCUUGCUGUGCAGCGUUGACAGAACUGGUGUUAAAUGAUACAAAUGCUGAACAAAUAGCUCAAGCUAAUGGUAUUUAUGCCCUUGGGCUGUUAAUUUUACCACAAGAUGUUUCUAAUAGAGAGAAAAAACCUGUUAAUAAACUCCAGAGAAGUGCCUUUCGAACGUUGCGAUUUUUGUUCAGUAUGGAGAGAAAUCGUUGGUUAUUUAAAAGAUUAUUCCCAGUAGAAUUAUUUGAACUGUUUAUUGAUGUUGGACACUAUAAUAAAGAUUUAUCAGCAUAUAAACCACUAGUUGAUAUGAUGAAUUCACUAUCUAAAUCAAAGAUAGAUGAAAUAAAAGAUAAGAUAUUUGAAACAAAUCAAAAUCGUAAUCCAUCCAAGUAUAUUGGGGAAUAUUCUGUAUUUGAACUUUUGGGCAGUGGAGCAUUUGGUUCUGUUUAUAAAGUUAAAAAGACAUCUGCUGAACAGUCAUCAUUUCUAGCUUUAAAAGAGCUGAAUUUACAGAAUCCUGCAUUUGGUAAAAACAGUCUAGAAGUUGAAACUAGUGUUGGUGAAAUAACAAAUGAAUUACAGAUUAUGAGAGAACAACUAAAACAUCCAAAUAUCGUUCGUUAUUAUAAAACUUUUGUUGAAGCUGAGAGGUUGUAUAUUGUAAUGGAUUUGAUCGAGGGAGCACCACUUUUAGAACAUUUUAAUUCGUUGAAAGAGAAGAAAGAAAGAUUCCAUGAAAGCAGAGUGUGGAAUAUCUUUCUACAGAUGGUGUUAGCAUUACGAUAUUUACAUAAAGAGAAGAACAUUGUUCAUAGAGAUCUAACACCUAGUAAUAUUAUGUUAGAUGAACAUGAUAAAAUUACUAUUACUGAUUUUGGUUUAGCGAAACAGAAGAGAAGUGAUUGUAGUAAAAUGACUUCUGUUGUUGGAACUAUUUUAUAUUCUUGUCCAGAGAUUGUUCAACAUAAACCAUAUGGUGAAAAGGCAGAUAUCUGGGCUUUUGGUUGUAUUCUGUAUCAACUCUGUACAUUAGAACCACCAUUUUUUAGUGCUAAUAUGUUAUCACUUGUUACUAAGAUUGUUGAAGCUAAGUAUGAAGCCAUACCUAAAGGAGACUACUCUUCAAGACUUAUUAAUACAGUUUACAGUUUAAUAAAAGUAAAACCAGAAAAUCGGCCAGAUAUAUUAGAGAUAAGUGCUGAGGUGGUUGACUUGAUAUUAAUACAUAUGGAUAAUCUGAGAACAAAUCAAUCUAGUUUGGAGAAAAAAUUAGAUCGAGAAAGAAAACGAACACAGAAACAUGUGAUAAAAUCAAACCAGAAUAUGCAGAAAUACCUGGAAUCAGAAGAACGAUAUGAUAGACUUUUACAACAAGCCUCUUCUCAUUUAAAGAACGGAGAUGAUAAUGAUGUAUUUAAGACAUGUUCUAGUUCAACGGAUGGACUAUCAACAGAAGGUGAAGAUAAUGCUGAUAGAGGCUGGACAAGUGAUGAUGAAAGUAAUCCUAGUAGUGGUAGUGAGAGUAGAGGAAGUAGUGCGGGUAGCACCAGAUCCCGGGGCAGAAUAACACGCAAACCCCGUCUACCUUUAUCCCAUAACAAUAGAAAACCAUAUGGUCGAAACGAACCUCUGUCACAACUUAUAUUAAAUAUACCGUCUAAUGCCAAAUCAAGUCGUGAUUCAGGGCUAAGUUCUGGGGAUCCUUCCCCAAACAUGAAUAAUUCACCAGGUCAUCAAUGUACAACGGAGGACAUAUUGGCCAGUCCCGAUGUAGAAUAUUUAUUAAACAGUCGUCCAUACUUAAUCCGAUCACAGAGCUCCAAUGAUACAACCAUUACUCCAAGAUCAAAAUUCCUGGAAGCAAGAUCUAGGAGUACAGCAACAUUAUCCAUGUCACCUAACAGAUUACGUGAAAUAAACGAUCCAAUUGUUCAGAUGUUGGUUCAGCUACAUAAAAUUAUCUAUAUUACACAGCUUCCACCAACAUUAAGUCCUAAUUAUGAAAGAAGAAAAAUUGAUCAGUUUAAAAGAGCUUUAUUCUCUCCUCAUAGCAACUCUAUUAACCUGAAGUCAGAACUUAAAAAAUUGAUGCAAGGAUCACCAGAUAUGAUCGAUGUUUUAUCAAUGCCAGGAGUCAUGUCACAUAGACCACGAUCUGGAGGUUUAGAAAGAGAUAUAUUAGGUUCCAAUUCCAAACAAGGAUCGAGUAAUUAUGAUCCAGAAAUGGGUAUCACAUAUGAACAAUUAAAUAAUUUAAUUGAAAAAACUCUGAGCUCCAGUGGUUAUUACAGUAUCGGAUAUCAACAAAGGGAGAAAACUCCUCCAAUUAGUCCUCUUACCAGACGUGGCCUCAGAAACUCCUGAAUUAACUGUUUAAUAAUUAAACUUCAAGUCAAUCAUACAUUCAAAACUGAGUUAGAAGACAUCUCCAUUUAGUCAUCUCACUGGAAACUGAUAAAAAAAACUCCUGAAAUAAAUUAAGAUUUGAUCUCUGAACAAGAAAGAAAACAAGCGAAGCCAUUACAACAGUCCCUGACAUAAAAAAGAUAUACCAAACCACAGGCUUAAUAUUUUAUAUUCCUGGUACAUGUUUUGUAUGUUAUGUUUUAUUUCCUGAUUGUGUAGUACUGUUGUUAGUUUACCCUCAAAUUCUACAUGUCUUCUGUUAUGUGCAUGAAUGGCAGGUUGGACCUUGGUGGUUUGACAGCUGAUUGUCAUCCAAUGAAUGAAUUAAAUGUAGCCUCUUUUACAUGCAUGUUUAUCAUACAUCUUAUCUUAAUGUUAUCAGGGGUUUGGUGGUCAAGUGGUCUAACGAGUGCGAUUUAGGUCAUAAGGUCUGUCAAUGUUUCAAGUGGUCUGGUUCGAUCCGGAGCUUGUAUGUGACUAGGAAUAGGAUUGCCUGCCCAUCCUCAUGGGUUUUCUCCGGGGUUCAGAAACACAAGCAAUAUAUUUUAAUUAAAAUUUAACUAUGUUAAUGCUGAAAUGACCUAGAUUGUGUUGAAUGGAUGUUAAACCCCAUCUCCCUUUCUCUUAAUGUUAUCAGAUCAGAUAUCAGGGUAACAUACAUCAUUGAUUCUUCUGAAGAAAUAGUUUCCAUUUCUAUGUACAUGAUACUUCAAUUUUUUGUUACUGUUUGAAUGAAAAUAUUUUGUGAUGCUUUAAUGUAAACACGAUGGCCAGUAUACAUUGGGUUUGAUGUUUUAAAUUAAUGUGAUAUGAGUGUGAAUGUGUGAAAAUGUAUUUUUUUUGUUUGUUUAUUGUGCAUAAAAAAACUUUUUAUCUGUGAGACUCUAUAACCACGCCUUUAUACAGCUAAUAUUAAUAGUGUCUGUUUUAUUGUAAAUUCUGUUGUAAUUGUCUCAAGUCUAUAAACUUUUUGUAUUAAUAUAUAAGAAUAUCCAUCCAGUUCCUGUAAUUCUUGUAAUUAUAAGUGAGUGUAUUAAGUAUUAUUUAUUUUUGUGUGUAUAUUAUAUACAGUGAAUCCCUCCAGUAGAUUUUACAUAAAAUU